ACGCCGCCGCCCCCUCCGCCCCGGGCGCGCGCGCGCUCCCGCCGGCACGCAGUUGCAAUUUCUGAGCGGUUUUGUCCAGAAGACUGUGCUCAGGUUAUGACGACUAAUCCCAAACCGAACAAGGCAUUAAAGGUAAAGGAGGAGUCGGGAGAGAAUGCCCCAGUGCUGAGCGAUGAUGAACUCGUGUCAAUGUCCGUACGGGAGCUGAACCAGCACCUGCGGGGUCUCACCAAAGAGGAGGUCAUCCGUCUGAAGCAGCGGAGGCGCACGCUGAAGAACCGGGGCUACGCCGCCAGCUGCCGCAUCAAGCGCGUGACUCAGAAAGAGGAGCUGGAGAGGCAGCGGGUUGAGCUGCAGCAAGAGGUGGAGAAGCUGGCCAGAGAAAACAGCAGCAUGAAGCUAGAGCUGGACGCCUUGCGCUCCAAGUACGAAGCACUCCAGACCUUUGCUCGUACUGUGGCGCGAGGGCCUAUUACCCCGACCAAAGUUGCCACCACCAGUGUCAUCACCAUUGUGAAAUCAGCCGAAAUCUCAUCCAGUUCCGUGCCGUUCUCAGCAGCGUCCUAGUGCCCUCGGUGGGGGAACUAGCAGCCUUUCAAAGGGGGGGGGAAGAGGCUCUUAUGCAUUGUUCCGGAGUUCUUGGUCGCGUCAAGAAUUGGCAUCUUAACAACUCUCUUCCGAAAGUGCAAAAAAAAAAAAAAAAAAAAAAAAAAAUUAAAUAAAUUAAAUAAGUAAGGAAGAAAAUAGAAAAGAAAAAAAUACCUACAAAGGGAACUUAACUGGCUGCUUCUCUCUGGACUCGGUGGCUCCAUCAACCCCUCGUGUCCAGGAUUUGAGCUCUGUCUGCAGUACAAGUUGCAAGAUCUACUUCCUUGUCCCUGCCUCCUUGAGCCCCUCGCAGCCGUUCCAGCUGGGAGAAGAUACCCGAGGAGCCUCCAGAGCCUUCGUGAAUGAUGCUCAAGAGCCAGGAAACAGAUGGACCGUAGAAAUCAUCGUGUGAGAUGAAUGUAUGGAAAAGAGUUUCCUUUAGUGGCAUCCUACUCCUUGUCAGAAGGGUCUCCCCUUCCCUCCCCACUUCCAUCUGCUGUUUCGAGGGCAGGGAAAUAGGCAUUUUGGUUUGAAUUUCAUCCUGCUACGAGUGGAUGGGAGUGGGAGGAUGAUGGAGAUUAAUGCUUGGGUCUGACCACACCCACUAGGAAUAACCUUUUGUUUUCAAUCCAUGCUGUUAAAAUAUGGAAAAAUAUAUAUUUUACAUAUUUUAAUACGCCUCACUACCUGUGUGGCCUGUGAAAAACUACAUUGCAGCCUCCUUUAUUCCAAGCCCAUGUUUCCCAAUAGCUCCUUCCCUAAGGUGUCCUGUGAAUUGGGUAUAUUUAUGCAGUGUAUUUCUUCCAAAUGAUCCAGUCUUGAAAUAGCGGCUUAUUUUAUUUUAUUUUUUUUCUGGAUUCCCUGAAGCUUAAGGGAAGGAGGCGCGGUAGAUGCUGUGAAGAGCAGUGUGGUGGGGAGGAGAAGGGGAGAGGAGGAAGAAGAAUGCUGGAAGUAUUACCGGGUGGAGGCAGAACUGACUGCAAGGCGGAGGGGCUGUUCUGCUGGGAUCAGCACUAUGAGAAGGGGUUUGUGCAGAAGG